UCUGAGCGCUGCUGUGUUUCACGUGUGCGGGUGACCCGCGCUGCCGGGAGCGAGCACGCCUCUCCGCCCCCACCCCUGACAUCCCGAUUCCAGCGCCGGCCAGGGAGAGGAAGCAGCGGCUCCGGAACCUCCCACAACGCGACGACAGUGCCCGGGACAUGGAGCGGCCCUAAUUGACCGCUCAGAGCGCAGGAACAGAGCCGCCACCCGCCCGGGGCCCGGGACACGCAAACAUGAGCAACAACAGCGCUGGGAACAACAGGCAGAGCAAGCGGCCCAUCAACUGCGGCUCAAUCCUGCUCACCCUGCAGGAGAAUGAGAGUCUGUACAGCUACCUGGGCAAGAAGUGUGUGACUAUUAAUUCUGCGGUCGUCCAACUGUAUGUCUCAGACCGUAAUUCCACAUGGAUAAAGAAAUGCUGCGGGGUGGUAUGCCUAGUGAAAGACAAUCCAAAGAGAUCCUAUUUCAUUAGAGUAUAUGAUAUAAAGGAUGGUCGACCACUCUAUGAACAGGAGCUGUAUUAUAAUUUUGUAUAUAAUAGCCCAAGAUCAUACUUUCACACAUUUGCUGGUGAUACAUGUCAAAUUGGUCUUAAUUUUGCAAGUGAAGAAGAAGCAAAAAGAUUCAGAAAAGCAAUUUCUGAAUUGCUUGCAAGGCGACCAAAAAAACCAGAUAAAAAGAGGGAUCCCCUAAAUGGGCCAAGUCUGCCUAUGGCAACUGUUGACAUUAAAAAUCCUGAAAUCACUAACCGAUUUAAUGCACAAGUGAAUAACAUUCCUAUUAAUAAAGAGAAGAAAAGAGGAAAACCUAAGAAGAAGAAACUCACCAAAGCAGACAUUGGAACACCCAGUAAUUUCCAGCACAUUGGACAUGUGGGAUGGGAUCCAAAUACUGGGUUUGAUGUAAAUAAUUUGGACCCAGAACUGAAAAAACUGUUUGACUUAUGUGGUAUCUCUGAAGCUCAGCUUAAAGAUAAGGAAACUUCAAAGGUCAUUUAUGAUUUUAUCGAAAAAACAGGAGGUGUUGAAGCUGUAAAAAAUGAGUUGCGUCGACAGGGUCCACCACGUUGGAGUGCACCACCACCGCCACCACCAUCAAGGGGUGGGCCUCCACAACCUGCGUCACACAGCUCAGGGCCACCACCACCCCCUCCUCCAGCAAGGGGAAGUGUUCCUAAGCCACCACCACCGCCCUCCAGAGCUCCUAUGGCUGCACCCCCACCGCCUCCACCUUUAAGACCUGGGUCCUCAGCACAGCCUCCACCUCCACCUUAUCGAGUGCAUCCUCCAGCACCACCAGGGCCUUCUUCAUCUGCACCUUCAAGUCCACCACCACCGCCGCCUCCAUUACCAGGAUUUGGGGCACCCACACCGCCUCCACCUCCACCUGGUCCUCCUCCUCCUCCUGGUCCCCCACCUUUAUCUGGCACAGCAGUAGACAGUGACCAUCAGAUUGCAUCUUCUGGUGGCGGCAAAGCAGCUCUUCUAGAGCAGAUUAGAGAAGGAUCCCAGCUAAAGAAAGUAGACCAUAAAGAAAACAGACCAGUGUCGUCUUCUGGACGAGAUGCUCUGUUAGACCAAAUACGACGAGGAAAAAAGUUAAAGUCUCUACCAGAUGAGGUAGAAGCAGUGGCACCUACAACCGCUCCUACCACAGGGAUAGUGGGAGCCCUAAUGGAAGUGAUGCAGAAAAGGAGUAAAGCCAUUCAUUCCUCGGAUAGCGAUGAAGAUGAGGAUGAUGAUGAAGACUUUGAGGAUGACGACGAAUGGGAUGAUUGAUCUACACAUUAUAUAAAUAUAUAAUAUAUUUUUUUUUAAGGUUAAUGAAUACUAAACACUACUUUCUGUCUGAGAUCUGUAAAAUUAUCAUGUAAAUGGUCUACCAAUUUGCUGUAUAUUUUUGUUGCCUUUUGCUUUUUAUUUUUAUGUUUAAUCUGUGCAAUACCUCAUUAGAAAUGCAAAGGUUUGUCAUAAGACUGCACACAUCUUCCUCCCUUUAUCUGUGUGCACAUUCACUUUACAUAGCUAAUUACAUUAGUGAAUAAGUAACAUCAUCUGACAAACUGUAAGGGAGAUUAAGUGAGGCAACGACAGAAAACCUUUAAUGUAAUUGUUAUAAUGAAAAAAAGAAACACUAUUUUCUUACCCUGAUUUUUCUGUAUCUAAAUUUCUUAAUGAGAGCUAGUAUAGCACUACAUUAUUUUUUAACUGAUCCUGAUCUUUGCUAAUUAAGCCCCUCCAUUUUGAAUGCAAAGCUACUUGUAUGUUAAUUAUGUAUUUCUUUUGUUGCACGUUUUUUACACUACAAAAAAAAUCAGUUUAUAAUUCUGCAGUCACUACAAAUAAUGCAUCUCCUUUCUGAACACAUGAAAUGCCAUAUGCUAUUUUACAACACUGUUAUUGGACUGUUUACAUUAGACAGUUUAUUCCUCAAUACCUUUGAAAUAUGAAAGUAAAUAAAAAUACAGAACACUAAGUAACAGCCUUUGAGAAUGUAACUUCAGUGGCUAGUAGGCAUGACUUGCAUUGUAGUGCUGUGUAAUGCAACUGAACCAGGCAGCCCCCUUACUGCAGUAACUAGCAGAGGAAAAUAUUAUAGCGUCUGAUAAAGCCAGAACACACCUCUAACCAUAUCUAGGGUGGAGAAAAGGCCUGUUUUGCACUUUCAUGUUAUCUUGAGCUGCUUGGUGCUUGCUUCUCUGCUGUUGGGUUACGUUCCUGAAAGCGUGCAAGCGCCAAAAUACAUUCAGUGCCGUUUAUUGUGCUGCAUCUGGUGUAUCAAAUACAGAACACUAAAACACAAUCAUACAGAAACUAUUGAAUGGGAUAUGAAUAUUAGUCUACAUGGUAAAAUAAACUAAUAUGUAAUGAACCUGCCUCUAGCUAUGUUCUAUUAUCUAAUGUAUAGUUUUGGGAGCAGAAGUUGGAAUGAAUAACCAAUAAAGAGUAUAGUUCAGACAUUUUGUAUACAUAACUGACCUUUGCUUGUAUUGUUCACAUGGUCUUUAUAUAGGAGAUUUAGAAAUGGUGUUAUAUACUGCAUAUGCAAUCCCUGACACUGGUACAUGUGUGCAGAACAUCAGAGAUAUUGUAUAUGUACAAGCUGGUCUGCAAGAAUAAAACGGUUUUUGUUGCUUUGCUUUUAGGUCAGCUUCUAUUGUAAAUGUUACUGGCUGUUUAUAACUAAUAUAAGGUUAAGCCUGACAGGCUGGUCCUGUGUAAUUUUAUAUUGAAAUCCUACUAAAUAUUGCACACUCAAAUAAUCAUGCAAUUAAAGUGAUCAUGUAAACUUUAUAGUGUACUUUAUGCAUAAUUAGCAACAUGUUUAUUCAUCCUGAGCUUAUGUGAGCGAAAAGAACUGAUGUUCAGCGUGGAAAUGUGAUAAAAUGGAAAUGCAUCA